ACGUGACUAUUGGUGUAUACACUCCGUAUGCAUACACACAAACAAAAAACACAUACACAACAUGGACAGGCACACGGCUACACGGUCUACAUAUGUUUACACAACGUCCUUCAUCCGUGUGAUCCAUGUGUCGCAUUGCCGUGCGCCAGGGUUGGUCAGGCUUAUCCGAUAACCUAGAAAUGAAUGCGGCACGCAAGCUCACCCGGUUCGCGGAAAGGGCGAGGUUUCUAAAAAAGUACUACUUCACCAGCCAGAAUGGCAUCAUCGGCAUCCCCGGGUCGUUCUGCACGAUGGUACAGCAGCCGCAGAGGACGCACGGUCUGGUGAAGCUCGGUGUGAUCGGAGCGGUUACCGGCACCGCGGUAGGCGCGGGUUAUGCCUACUACAAGAUCAACGAGGCCCGGGAGAACAUCGCCCUGGAGGGAACGCAGUUGGAGGCUACGUUGCUGAAGUAUAAGCCGCCUGUCACUCCGUCCAGGAAGAUUGCGUCUCCAGUGGAUGCCACCGGUUUGAAACUCACGUUAUUUCAGUAUCAAACAUGUCCUUUCUGCUGUAAGGUUAGAGUGUUCUUGGAUUAUUAUGGGAUAUCUUACGAUAUUGUGGAGGUAGAUCCAGUGCUGCGAAAGGAAAUCGGAUGGUCCUCAUACAAGAAGGUUCCAAUUCUCUUGACCAAGGUGGAAGGGGGCUAUCAGCCCUUGAAUGACAGCACCAUGAUAGUGUCGCUUCUCGCCUCCUACUUACACGAUACGUCUCACAAGAUUGAGGAAUUGGCUAACUAUUACCCAAGCGUGGCUAUGCAUGAUGAAAAUGGCAAUUUUAAAUACGAGAUCAUAAACAAGUAUUUCCUCAUGUUCAAUAAGCAGCUUCCAAAGGACAGGUCGAUGAACGAAAUUACCGAGGAACGUAAUUGGAGGAAAUGGGCAGACGAGGUGUUCGUCCACACUCUUUCGCCGAACGUCUACAGAACCCUCGAUGAAUCCUACAGAACUUUCAAUUGGUUCUCGGAAGUCGGCCAAUGGAAGGAGUACUUCCCAACGUGGGAGCAAAUGUUAAUAGUAAACGUGGGUGCGACGGCAAUGUGGUUAAUAGGAAAGAGACUCAAGAAGAGGCACCGGCUAAAAGACGACGUGCGACAAUCGUUGUACGACGAGGCGAAUUACUGGCUGCGUGCCAUCAAGGCGCGGGGUACAACGUUCAUGGGCGGCAGCAAGCCCGAUCUGUCCGAUCUCGCUGUCUACGGCGUUUUAAAAAGUAUCGAAGGCUGCGACGCUUUCCAAGAUUUGUUGACCCACACGAACAUCGGCAAUUGGUACAACGCUGUGAAGGAGCAAGUUGAGACACAUUCUGGUAGCGUGAAUUUGAGUAGAUAAUACAUUAAUUUCCAUGUGUAUAGAGUUAUUUAUUUACAUAAUAAAUCGGGCUUAAGCAUUUUAAGA